CGGCGGGGCAGAGAAGGCCGCAGCCACUGCUGUAGCGCCCGCGAGCACCCGGAUUUCUUCUCUUUCCUCGCAAUUUCCCCCACACACAGCCCUUCAGACCUCCCUUCUUCCUUCCUCGCUGGUGACUAGAACGCAGCCGCAGGCGGAAGUACAGGUGACGCCAUCAGCCGUCGCCUGAGCGGUGGCGCGCGGGUGGCCGAAAGACGAAAAUGCAUUUUAUUCUGCAAUGACUCUUACCUCAAAGCUUGGGAUAUAUCUGUGGGCACAGAUGUAUACAGCAAAUGGAAACAUAGACCAAGAUAGACCAAUUUCAAGAGGUCAUAGAAGACAUAUAGGACAAAUACUGUCAUAUACACCAGCCAAACCCCACAUCCAGAGUCAAACACAGGAGGAAGCUUCAAUGGACUCAUCCACAAGUAGCUCAACUGUUAAAAAAAAAAAAAAAAAAAAAAAGGAUGCUGGGGAUUGUGAACAGUCAGCGAUGCAACACGAGGUGGCACUCUGGUCCCAGCUCUGCUUAUUCCAGGGGUGUGUUUCGUCGAGAUACAUACAAGAGUGAAAUUGCUCAUCGGUUUAAAGAUUUGGGAGAACAAUAUUUCAAAGGCCUAGUGCUGAUUGCCUUUUCUCAGCAUCUCCAGCAAUGCCCAUAUGAAGAGCAUGUGAAAUUAGUGAAGGAAGUAACAGAGUUUGCAAAAACAUGUGUUGCUGAUGAGUCAGCUGAAAAUUGUGACAAGUCAAUUCACACUCUCUUUGGAGAUAAAUUAUGUGCAAUUCCAUCCCUUCGUGAACACUAUGGUGACUUGGCUGACUGCUGUGAAAAAGAAGAGCCUGAGAGAAACGAAUGCUUCCUCCAACACAAAAAUGAUAACCCCGACAUCCCUAAAUUGAAACCAGACCCUGUUGCUUUAUGCGCUGACUUCCAGGAAGAUGAACAGAAGUUUUGGGGAAAAUACCUAUAUGAAAUUGCCAGAAGACAUCCCUAUUUCUACGCCCCAGAACUCCUUUAUUAUGCCAUUAUAUAUAAAGAUGUUUUUUCAGAAUGCUGCCAAGCUGCUGAUAAAGCUGCCUGCCUGUUACCAAAGAUUGAGGAUCUGAGAGAAAAAGUACUGACUUCCGCCGCCAAACAGAGACUUAGGUGUGCCAGUAUCCAAAAAUUCGGAGAGAGAGCUUUCAAAGCAUGGUCAUUAUCUCGCCUGAGCCAGAGAUUUCCCAAGGCUGACUUUACAGAGAUUUCCAAGAUAGUGACAGAUCUUACAAAAGUCCACAAGGAAUGCUGCCAUGGUGACCUGCUUGAAUGUGCAGAUGACAGGGCGGAUCUUGCCAAAUAUAUAUGUGAAAAUCAAGACACAAUCUCCACUAAACUGAAGGAAUGCUGUGAUAAGCCUCUUUUGGAAAAAUCCCACUGCAUUGCUGAGGCAGAAAGAGAUGAAUUGCCUGCAGACCUGAACCCAUUAGAACAUGAUUUUGUUGAAGAUAAGGAAGUUUGUAAAAACUAUAAAGAAGCAAAGGAUGUCUUCCUGGGCACGUUUUUGUAUGACUAUUCAAGAAGGCACCCAGACUACUCUGUCUCACUGCUGCUGAGAAUUGCCAAGAUAUAUGAAGCCACACUGGAGGACUGCUGUGCCAAAGAUGAUCCUCCAGCAUGCUAUGCCACAGUGUUUGAUAAAUUUCAGCCUCUUGUGGAUGAGCCUAAGAAUUUAAUCAAACAAAACUGUGAACUUUUUGAAAAACUUGGAGAGUAUGGAUUCCAAAAUGCGCUCAUAGUUCGUUACACCAGGAAAUUACCCCAAGUGUCAACUCCAACUCUUGUGGACGUCUCAAGAAAACUAGGACUAGUGGGCUCUAGGUGUUGUAAGCGUCCUGAAGAAGAAAGAAUGUCCUGUGCUGAAGACUAUCUGUCCCUGGUCCUGAACCGGUUGUGCGUGUUGCACGAGAAGACACCAGUGAGCGAAAAAGUUACUAAAUGCUGCACAGAGUCCUUGGUGAACAGACGGCCUUGCUUUUCUGCUCUGACACCAGACGAAACAUACAAACCCAAAGAAUUUGUUGAGGGAACCUUCACCUUCCAUGCAGACCUAUGCACACUUCCUGAGGAUGAGAAACAAAUCAAGAAGCAAACUGCACUUGUUGAGUUGUUGAAACACAAGCCUCACGCAACAGAGGAACAACUGAGAACUGUCAUGGAAAACUUUGCAGGCUUUGUACAAAAGUGCUGCGCCGCUCUUGACCAUGAGACCUGCUUUGCUGUGGAGGGUCCGAAAUUUGUUACUGAAAUUCAAGGGAUCUUAGCCUAAACAACACAAUGACAAGCAUCUCAGCCUACCCUGAGAAUAAGAGAAAGAGAAAUGAAGACCUAGACUUAUCCAUCUCUUUUUCUUUUCUGUUGGUUUUAAACCAACACCCUGUCUAAAGUACACAAAUUCCUUAAAAAAUAUUUUGCUUCUUUUAUCUGUGCUACAAUUAAUAAAAAAAUGAAAAGAAUCUAA